AUGGCGGGGGACAGCGAGCAGCAACCUCAGCGCUAUCGCGAGUUCGUUGGUGGAAAAAAGCCUUUCCUCAUUGGACUUAGCGGGGGAACAGCCAGUGGCAAGGUGAGCAGUUCCAUUGCAAGGUGGAUAAUAAAAAUGCAGCAAUACUUUCCAGAGCUGGGCAACGCGCCUCUUAAGAAUGCCUUUGACAAUGAAUUGAUUGUCCAAACACUUAAAAAGAUCAUGGAUGGAAAGGCAGUUCAAAUACCUGUUUAUGACUUCAUUUCUCAUUCUCGCAAAGAAGAAACAGUACAUGUGUAUCCUGCUGAUGUGGGCAUCCUAGUCUUCUAUAAUGAGGAAGUUCGGGAUCUUUUCCAGAUGAAACUAUUUGUGGAUAUAGAUCCAGGCACUCGGCUCUCCCAUAGGGUUCUCUGAGAUAUCAGUAAACAAGGCAGGGAUUUAGAGCAGAUCUUAUCACAGUACAUUACAUUUGUCAAGCCAACCUUCGAAGAAUUCUGCUUACCUACCAAGAAAUAUGCUGAUGUAAUUAUCCCUAGAGGUAUGGAUAAUCUUGUGGCCAUCAGUUUGAUUGUGCAGCACAUCCAAGACAUCUUGAAUGCCAACUCAAUGGGUACCUGUAUGAUUAUAUUCCUCCCUGCCAGUAACAGCCCUCAGAAUCCAGCAGCCGCCCAUAUUGAUCUCAGAGCAAGAUAAAGGCCUGCACUGCUAUGCCCCAUAGUUGCAUUCUCUGAGUCCUUGCUCCUUCCCCUAAUUGCAGUGCUUCAUGGCUUAUUAAAGUUUAAAUUAUGGUUGCCUGCAAUGGUUUUGCUCCAGCCUUUUCAUGGAGGAAUGGCAAUAUGUUUCUAUAUGGUACUACAAAUAGUUUCUGAUAUGUAGUAUCAGUUAGUAUAGCUGCCAUGAUGGUGAGAUUAUAUCUUUUUUUUCAAUUUUUUAUAGUCACAAAAUAUUUUAUCAGCACCAUAUUAUCUGGGUUCCAGUGUUUAGUGUGUCCAAAGUAAUUUUAUAAUCGUCUCUA